UGUGGAUUUUUUCCCCUCCCCCGGCAGACGUUUGGCGGCUCGCAGGCGGUGGUGUCGCGAUGUGACCUGAUGGAGAAUCUCCUGGGGAAGGGGUGCGGGGCGGAGCAUAUCGAGGGCCCCAACAGCAGCGUCAGUGUGAGGAAGAAGCUCCCCCUCAGCAGCAAAGGCUCCGGGUCCUCGCAGUCCGACAUCAUCCAGGUCACCCCCCAGAGCCUCUCCAUGUCCCUGCGACCAGGUGCGGCGGCCUCCUUUAAGGUGCAGGUGAGGCAGGUGGAGGAUUACCCGGUGGACCUCUAUUACCUGAUGGAUUUAUCUCUGUCCAUGAAAGACGACCUGGAGAACAUCCGGAAUCUGGGGACGCGAUUGGCCGAGGAGAUGGCGAAACUCACCAGCAACUUCCGGCUGGGAUUCGGGACUUUCGUAGACAAGAACGUCUCUCCGUUCUCCUAUACGGCCCCCAAAUAUCAGAACAACCCCUGCACCGGAUUUAAGCAGUUCCCGAAUUGCAUUCCGUCCUUCGGCUUCCGGCACGUUCUCUCCCUCACCGAUAAAGUCAGCAAGUUCAACGCCAAAGUGCAGAACCAGCUGGUCUCCCGGAACCGCGACGCCCCGGAAGGAGUCUUCGAUGCCAUCAUGCAGGCCUCGGUGUGCCAAGAGAAGAUCGGCUGGAGAACGGAGGCCUCCCACCUGCUGGUCAUCACCACCGACGACGUGCCGCACGUGGCGCUGGACGGGAAACUGGCUGGUUUGGUGCAGCCGAAUGACGGUCGUUGUCACCUGGACACCAAUAACGAGUACAGCGCCGCCGACAGGCUGGAUUACCCGUCUCUGGCCCUCCUCGGGGAGAAACUAUCCGAAAACAACAUCAAUCUGAUAUUUGCCGUCACCAGAAAUCAUUAUCUGCUGUACAAGAAUUUUACGGCGCUGAUUCCGGGAACCACGGUGGAGAUUUUGGACCAGAGUUCCGAGAACAUCCUCCAGCUGAUUAUAAAUGCUUAUAAUAAUAUUCGCUCCAAGGUGGAAUUAACCGUCUCCGAGACCCCGGAUGACCUGGAGCUCAGCUUCACCGCCACGUGUCAGGAUGGGGCGUCCUAUCCGGGUGUGAGGAAGUGCGGGGAGCUGAUGAUUGGCGAUACGGUUUCCUUCGAGGUUUCGGCGCAGGCGAGGAGCUGCCCUUCGCCGGGGACGGCGCACACCUUCACCAUCAAGCCGGUGGGUUUCCGGGACGCGCUGGAGGUGACGGUGACUUACAAUUGCAGCUGCGGCUGUUCUCACCUGGGGGAGGCGAGCAGCGGGAAGUGCAGCGGGAACGGGACCUUCACCUGCGGGGUCUGUAACUGUGACUCCGGCUUCCUGGGGGGGCGGUGCGAGUGCGGAGAGGACGACGACAGCAGUAGCUCGUCCCUGAACACCUGCCGGGAGUCGGAGAGCCACACCGUGUGCAACGGGCGAGGGAGGUGCAUCUGCGGCCUGUGCUCCUGUUAUGAGAGCGAAUUCGGGCGCAUCAGCGGCUCCUACUGCCAGUGCGACGACUUCUCCUGCGCCAGGUUCAAGGGAAUCCUCUGCUCAGGUGAGUGAUCUGUAAUAUUGUACUGU